AUGCAAACUAAAAGUACGGAGGACGCAUGUGCCUCAGAGCCACCAACACCUCCAGAUUUAUACGAUGGUAAGUUUCAGCUUUUCAGAUUAAAUAGGAAAAUGUGAACCUCUAAAAAAUUUCAGGAGAAGAACACGAGGGUAAUGAAGAAGCUGGCCAUUCAGCUGGUGGACAAUCUUCUGGAUUGUCAGAUGAGGCUGGACAAUCAUCUGGCGGUCAUUUAGCUGGUGAUGACGAAGGACAUUCAAGUCAUUCGGGAAGUGGUAGAAGCGGUAGUGCUGGCGUUGGAGAAGGUGAAGGUUCGACAAUGUCUAAUGCUGACUCAUCAACUCAUGGUUAGUGAAAGGAAGGAAAUAUUGAUUUUUUGGCUAAAAGGGUCAUAAAACUAAUAGUCUUCUUAUGGUGUCAAAAACAUUAUGUCUGAACCUCUAUCUUCAGAGUGGAUUUUGGUUUCGGUUUUUCACUCCAUUUUUUUCGUAUAGUCAAAAACAUGUACUAACCUCCUGUGGUUAAUUUUCACUUUAUCUCUAUUAGAAAAUGUCUUAUUACUACAAAAAUCAUAGUUGUAUAGAAAAUCCUCAAAAGAUUAAAAAACUAAUAUUUUUUAAUUUUGUAAAAAGAAAAAAAACCGACAGAUUGAUAAAAGUUUUUUUUUGUAAUUUCAAAAUUGCCCUCAAACGCCCCCGAUUUUUUUUUAUUUCAUCUCGCCGAUUGAAAAAUCAAAACAUUUUCAUUUCAUAUAUAUAUCAUAAAUUGAUUUUGGCGACGAUGAUGUUAUUUCUGCUCUUUUUAGCAGCUAUUUUCUUUUUGAUAUUCACUUUAGUUCGAGUAUUUUGUUCUAUGAAACAUUGGAAAGAAAAAGAGAAGGAAAAAGUUGAACCUAAAAAUUACGAUAAGUUACCCGGUGAAUUUUUUAUGUUGUUUUUUCCAAUCACAUAAAAGUUGAAUAAAAACAACAGCUAUCAAAUUGUUUUUUGUACUUGGUAGUGGCCAUGAAAAUAAAAAAAAGAACGCGAUGCGCACUAGCUAAUUGAAAGACCUAUGGCUGUUCUCUUUUUCUCUUUGUGUCAAUAAAUACCCUAUCAUAACAAAUUAUGAAUCAACUGAAAAACUUUGAGAAAGUGCAAAAAGUAUUUUUCUAGUUCCAUAACUGAAAUAAACCUUUCAGAAUCUACUCGUGGACCAUCCAAAGUUUUGUGUCAAAUUCAUCAACAAAAAAUUGGUAUGCGUCGCCGGAUGAUGAAUACGGUCGCAUGUCAAACGGAUGAAACGCAAGAUUUUGGACCGCUAUUAGUCGAUCGUAAGUUUCUAGUCUCUAGAAUCCGAAUUUUUUGACAAAAAUCAAUUAAUCGAUAAAUCAAUUUAUAGCGUCAUCUGUCGAUGAUCCAUCAUGCUCCGAAGGCACACUUCGUCUCAUGAUUCAAAACUUUCGAAAUAUGGGCGAUACGGUUCGCGGACCAACAAAACGCAUUCAAAAUGUGUCAUGGUAAGAAAUGUUCUCAAUGUAUAAAAAAUGUUGUGCAGCAAACGCGCUCCACAGCAAAUGUUUCCCCUUCUGGUCACUCCAGUUGUUUUGUUGCAUAAACAUAUGUUUGAAUUGACUUUUUAUUUAGAAUGUUGUUUAAAAAAUUCGCCAUGAUUAUUAAUUUUAUUAUUGAUUUUUAUCAUUUUCAGGAGAAUUAUGGUGAUGCCUCGUCAACACGUUGUACAGAAAAAGGGAACACAAAAAUGUUUGGGUUUCUUUCUUCAAUGUUGCCCGGAAGCAUAUUCGGAUUCGUGGUCGUGUCAAGCUGCCGCUGAAUUGCGUCUGAUUUCGCAGAAACCUGGUGUUCCGCACUUCACUCGCAAAACCAAUCAUAUCUACACAGCAAAGGAAAACGAUUGGGGAUAUUCGUGUUUCAUGACUUGGGCUGAUAUAUUGGAUGAGAGUCAAGGUUACAUCAAGGAUGAUCGGGUUGUUCUUGAAGUCACUGUCAAAGCUGAUCCACCUAAAAACAUUGUGUAAGUUACUAAUUUCUCAUGAACCUCUCUAUAAUUCUACUUGUUUCAGUGGAAUUGACGAAUUCCGAAAAACUGUUCAAAGUUGGGUCGAUCUUGCUGAAAUGCAAUUCAAGCGAGGAAAAAUCGAUCUAGCGAUCGAGGCCAACUCGCAAGGUUUGAAGUUUUGCAAGGACAAGGAUGCUGAUUGUCGUCGCAAAUUGGAAGAGCAAAAGCGCACUUUCAUUGAGAAGAAACUCGCUGAAUCAAUUCAACGAAUUGAAAGUGAGUUUGAAUAAUUGAACCAGAAAAACAAUUAAAAAAAUAUAUAUGAAUUAUUUUUGCAGCUCAAAAGAAAGAGACAACCGAAGAAUGUGAUGUUGUUAGCAAUCAAACAGCUCUUCGUAUGGCUCUCACUGCCAAUAAUCACAGCAAAAAUAAGAACAAUAAGAACAAAAAGAAGAAUGCCAAGCCAAGAGCUCCAACUCCUAACAAUCAACAAAAGGUUACUACUAACACUGCUGUAAAGACUGAAAGUGCUAAAACUGUGUCGCAAAAUCAACAAGUUAAACAAAAGCAACAACAGAAAGUGACUGGCAAAAAAGAUUCAAAGAAUAACAGUUUCGAAGAAAGAAGAUCACGUCAACAAGUUUCUGCCAAGAAAAUUGAUGGAGAUUUUGAAUUCACCGGAAAUUUCAAUCAGCGUAUCUUCAAUGGUCGUUCACCACUCACAUGGACUCGUCGUUCAAAAGCUGAAGAUGAUUUCAUUUCGGAUGCUGCAAGCUAUUUCAGCGAAGAUACUGAAAUGUCCUCACAUGAGCGAGACAGUUUUGUUAUGAAGUAAGAUUUUUCUCAUUGGGAGGAUCGUCGGAAAAAACAUUAUUUUAAAACACUUGAUUUUGCAUGAAACCAAAUUUGAGUCUUUACAGGUAUAUGACCGACCAAAUGAGAGCCGUCAACUAUCCAGAAGUCAAAGAUGGAAAGAAGAAGAUUUUGUACAACAUGGCACAAUUGAGAAACUUUGCUGAAAGCGCCUUUGAAGUUGAGAUGCAACGUCAGACAAUUAUCAAGAAAGCAGUUAUUGAUGCGUAUGAUUUUAUGAAGAGAGCUGCAACACAACCAGAUGUUGAUGAUCCAGCUUUUGUGAUGAUGGAAUGGGAUGUCGCAACAUUGUGGGAAAACGAUCGUGCUGAAUCAAGAGCUUCGAUCAUUGAUCGUGAAGCGAAUUUCCUUGAUGCAAAGAUCAGAUUGUUCUGGGAUGCUCUUGGUGGAAUGGAGAAAUUCGUAAGUUUCAAUAUUCUGCUUCUUGAAUAAACAAUCGAAUUUUGUUAUUUUCAGCUUGAGAGUGAUUCAUCGGAUCAUGAUUCGAUUUCUUCAACCGAAUCAAGCGAUCGUCAAAAUGACGGAUGUUUGAAACCAAAGAGAACCAGAUUGGAUAUGGUUUGUGAAUGUUGUGUCAAUGAGAAGACUAGCCCAUCAAUGUGCGACUCGGAAGUUCAAACUGAAGAGACUGCCAAGAAUGCCAGUCCAAUUUUGAAAGACGGAAAGAGCCAAACACAAAAGGCUACUCAAAAAACCAAUCAAAAAGCGCAGAACAACAAGCAAGCUCAAACUCAAAAACAAGCUGAUGCGCCUCAAUUCGAACAAUCGCAACCACCAUCUCCAAAUCCAGAAUCAUUGCAUCCGCCAGGUUUCCCACCACCGGUUAUUCCAACGUUCAAUUUCGGUGAAUUUGGAGGUCCAGAUUCAAACCAGGUGAUCAAUGCGUUGUCGACUGUUGCGAUGAAUUUGAUGAACACCAGAAGAAUUAUCAACAAGGCUGAAGAAUUUAUGAUAAUUAUUGCUAAAAAUCAAGCAGAUGAGAAUUUGAGAGGAGCACUUCGUGAUAUCUCAAAAGUUGCUGGAAUUGCAUACAUUGAAAAUGAGGAAAAGUAUAGACCAGACAGUCCAUUAUUGACAGAAGACUUUGGAGAGGAUGAUUUUGCAUCAUUAUAUGCUAAAUUGAUGAAUGAAGAGAAUAAGGAGAUGAUUGUGAUGACCAAACAAGUUGAGAAGUUUGAUCAGUACAAAAAUCAUCUCAAACAACACUUGUUCCUUGAUCAAGAUGAUGUUGAUCGACUUAUUAAAGGCGCACAUGCUGUUAACGCGAAGAUUGCUGAUUACGAAAGAAAAUUGAAAGAUUUCCAAAAAAAUGAACGAAGAUCUCGAAAUGAAACAUAA